ACAGGUAUACAUGCAGGUGUAUAUAUACCGAGACGUGAGGUCAGCAAAGGGCAAAAGAGGAGACUCUACCAGAAAAAUUCUCUUCCAGCAUCCGCACACAUAUCAGUCGACUGGGGUCAACGGACGAGUCAAGAUGCUCAGAUUCCCCUGCACAAUCCGAGACUUUGUUACCACACGCCACUUCAUCUUCUUGUUGUCAGCAGCAGCCGUAUUGUUGCUGGUUCCGGCUGUUGCUGCUGGCGAGGCCGGAAACAAGACAAAUGGCCAAAUGGUGUUGGUUAAUUUGCCACUCCAAAUUGAAGAUGCAAUUGUUAGUGCGAUCGCUGGAUCGGGAGACAAUGAAGACGGUGCAGAGGAGAUCCGGAAUAGUCCUGCAAUAAUAAGAGGUGAAGAAUCUUCCAAAUUGACAGUUUCACCGGAUAACAGCGCAGAAGAUAUUGGGUACGUGGGCGCUGGAUUGCUGGGCGCAGCCAUUGGAGCCGGACUGGGAGCAGCGUGGGGUGGGACCGGCAGCAAUUACGGAUCAAACUAUUAUCAGCAAGGUUACAACCCCGGAAUUUAUGCUGGCGGCUAUCCUUAUGCUCCUGGUGUCGGCUAUCCGCAAACCUAUCCAGGUUAUCCAUUAGCAGCAGCAGGAUACCGACCUCCCAGACCCGACAGUUUCUAUCCGCCACCGAAUCCAGCUUACGGCGACCCAGCAGACUAUUUCUACGCCGAUGCCAAGGCUGCGGAUGGUUUGGCAGGAUUCGGGAGUAGUUAUCCUGAUUAUUACUCGGAGCUUUUGGCCGGCUCUGCAACAACCGACUCAUCGAUUGGCAGCCUCAGCUCAUCAUCAUCGGGACAGAAGAAACAGCCCAGCAGCAGCACAACAACAGGAGCAACUUCCGGUUACCCGAUCGACUGGUCGGCAGUGGCCGAAGCUUAUUACGGCAGCGACGUGAGUUCAAGAUCCUAUUAUCCAUCGGCCCAGCAUCCAACGGAAGAUGAGCCGACCGCCAUUUUCGUAUCCGAUUCCUAUCCGUUCCUUUUUGACGAUUAUUAGCCUCCUCUCAGCAGCUGUGCAGUUAAUCUUAUACCUCACGAUCUUGAUGAGAUCGUGAAUUUAAUUUAAUACAAUUUUCCAUUCAAAAAAAUAAAAACAAAAAAAGAUG